GACAGAGAGAGAGAGAGAGAGAGAGACAGAGAGAGAGACACAAACACCAAACACAGAAAGAGAGAGCGGUAACGGGUGAGUCACGUUUGCCUGAAAGGGCGCUGACGGAAACCGGCGCGCGAACUCCCUCCCGCGUGUUCGGUGCGCGCGAGCGCGGCGGCGGCACGGGGUUACGAACGAGACAGAAGUAAAUCCAGUCCGCGGCGGAACAAACGGGUUUCCUGUUGGCCGAACGUCGUUAAAUGUCUCUGUCCCCGCAGUUACCCACCUUCUCUUCAGCGAGGACUGAAUGCGCGCCUCAAAGCGGCGAAAAAAAGGAGAAAGCAAAGUGAAAGGGCCUGUCCACAGUUAAAGGACUUUAAACCACAGUUUACGAUUCGGCUGUUAAAACUAUACCUCGGAAUAAAGCAGUAAACACCGAGUGUAAAAGAACUGCGGUAACGCUGAGGUGCGUCACGUGGUUGCGGGUUCGCUUUAAAGGACGCACUGCUCUCUUAAAGAACUUCUUCAGUAAUAACAGAUUUAAGGGGCGCGGCCUAACCUUCGAUCCGCCUCUUUAAGGCGUGGCCGUUGGUACGGCGAGCAGGAUGGGCCAAUCCUCCUCUGUUUCAUCCUAUUCCACCAUAGUGUCAGUUCGGGCGAAAGGGAAAUCGGCGCACACAGUAGCGAGGCGAAUGAGAUUCCGCAGAAUAACGAACAACGAUCGGAGGGAUGACCGGUUCGACCGGAACGUGGUUAAAGACAAGGAGCUGCCGAGGCUAGUGGAGAAGAACUGGGAGGUACCCGCACCGGAGUCGGGUUCGACGGGGCAGGAGAAGCCGCCCAUCGGACAGGCGGAGCUCACCAUUACAGAAAACCCUAUCGUGGCAGUGGCAGUGGCAAGCGGCUUUGCGGACAGAUGUGUCGGCGGGGACGCGUUGGAUGGGACGCGCUUUGAAUCCCGCGUGCUGCUCUAUAGUAUCGGCCAUCACGGUGACGCGCAGGGCGAGGACCAUGACAGGAGCGCUGCGGUCCGAACCAUGGAAAGACAGGCAAUGGGAAAUGACUUCGGAGGAGAGGAUAGGGUGGAGCGCUGGAGCCCCCAGUCGGGGGGGCGACUGUCUGGACCACAGGGGGUAGUCGUCCUUCAUCCGGGGGAAAAGGAAGAGCAGAUCGGGAGCAUCGGGGAGAAGAGCGCGCUUUGCUCUUCGGAUCAUCAUCAUCAUCAUCAUCAUCAUCCAGGCCGUGAUCAGAUGACUAAAGGUCCUCCGGGCAGCCCCAGGACACACCGCCCGGGCGAGAGGAGUAACAGUUCCCCCGUCGAGCUGGGAAGCCGCUCGUCUCCGUCCACGCAAGGGCUCUUCGCGCUCCCGGGUUCUCUCAGCUUCCCCGGCACCAUCCCCCGGCUCAUCGUGACUCCGGACCCCGGCUCCGGGCGCACGGAGACGCCUGCAGGACCGCGGGCCUCCGUUCCGGGCGACGGCGGGUUCUCCCUCGCGGCGCAGCCGGACGACGAGUCGCCGUGCUCGGACAGCGGCUGCGGCUGCUCCCCGGUGGCCUCGCUGCUGCUCAGGAAGCUGUCGAACUCGUCUUCGGCCGGCCUGUCCUCCGCAUCGUCCUUCGAGGAGUCCGAGGACGAUUUCACGGGCAGCGACGCGGAGCCGAGCGGUGGCCAGGAGGAGCCGCACGGGGUGAGUCAGUCAACUAAACCGUGGAGGAAGUUGAAGACCAUGGUCCACUGCAAUCCGUUCGUUGUCUCCUUGAAGAAGUCCUACCCCUGGGUGCAGCUAGCUGGGCAUGCAGGGAACUUCCAGGCAGGGGAUUAUGGAAAGCUCCUGAAGAAGUACUGCGAGUGUGAGCAGCAGUGUCUGCUGAAGCUUAUGGAGGACUCCCUGCGGCCCUUCGUUCCUGGGUACUACGGUGUAGUACAGCGGGACGGACAGGACUACAACCUGAUGGAUGACCUGCUGGCUGACUUCGACUCGCCGUCCAUCAUGGACUGCAAGAUGGGCAGCCGGACGUACCUGGAGGAGGAGCUCGUGAAGGCACAGGAGCGGCCGCGGCUGCGCAAGGAUAUGUACGAGAAGAUGGUGGCCGUGGACCCCGAGGCCCCCACUGCCGAGGAACAUGCGCAGCAGGCCGUGCUGAAGCCUCGAUACAUGCAGUGGAGAGAGACACUCAGCUCCACCGCCACGCUGGGUUUCCGCAUCGAAGGCAUCAAGAAAGCUGAUGGCACAUGCAACACAAACUUCAAGAAGACGAAGCACCGAGAACAAGUGAUGCAGGCUCUGGAAGACUUUGUGGAAGGGAACACUAAAGUCCUGAAGAGUUACCUGCAGCGACUGCAGGAGCUGCGCACCGUCCUGGAACAGUCCGAAUUCUUCAGGACACAUGAGGUGGUCGGUAGCUCCCUGCUCUUCGUGCACGACAGGACGGAGCAGGCGCGGGUGUGGAUGAUCGACUUCGGCAAGACGGUGCCGCUGCCGCCCCCUCUCGUGCUGGACCACCGCACGCCCUGGGUGGAGGGGAACCGUGAGGACGGCUACCUGUGGGGACUGGAUAAUCUCAUUGAGAUCAUGAGUGCCAUGAUGCCAGCCGCCUGAAGGGGAGCAAGGGAGACAGUGGGCUGGGCGGCGAGUCGAACCCUAACCCUGAAGCAAAGAGGACGACGUGUCUGGAGAAGCCCGUGGACUCCGGCAGAAGGCCCUCUCUCCUGUCUUUGUUUGAGGAUGAGAACUGGAUGAGAACUGAAUGAGGCAGAAGUUGCUAAGACUAAGUAUUGUCCCAGAUGGAGCGCACAUUACUGACUGACGGUUCCUUUGCCUGGGUGGCGCUAGAGCCUCUCUGGUUCCCCCUGCUGUUGUGACAGGGGCCGAGGAGUUCCACUGCUCCUUUUGGGAGGGAAGUGUGGAAGAAAAGCAGAUUCCUGCAGCUCGUUAAGUGAAAUAUUUUACUGGUUCAGCCAAAGUGCAACACGGAAUAUUACCUGUGGGAGGAAGUCACAAAGUGCUUUGAGGUCCCCGGAUGAGACGCGUAUUUAUACCAAAAAGACUGCAUGCGUGCUGCACGAUCAAAGCUCAUCACCAAACAGUCCAAUAAGGUGUGAAAGAACAGGGGCAUGGCCUGCUUUUGCUUAGGCCGGUGAUAAAUUCCCUACAUCAUUAAAGAAACGUUAAAACACUAAAGAUGAGGUGACAUUUGGACCCAAAUGCUGAAUCAAAGUGAUGCACAGUAUAAGUUCAGACAAGAAGUUAAUGCGCUCACUAAAGAUGGGGUUGUUACAAGGCUAAUUAAGGAGACGCGGACUUCGCCGCCGAGGGAUUUUCCAGAGUUUUCCUCAGAAGAAAUCGAAGUUGCCUUAAAGAGUGUUUUAUUUCAGUUUGAAUCAUUUAACCUUUUACCUUUUUAGAUAGUUUUACAUAACACUAGGACACCGGAAAAGCUGUACAGUUUAUAAUUUUCUGGUUCAUAUAUUGUUUUUAUUCUAUUGUAAAUACCAGUUGUUAUUUAACAAUUUCAGUUAGUUUGUAGAUAUGUUGUGCUUUUCUAUCCCUUCUUUGUGGGAGUUUAUAUGAGAAGGUGUAUUUUGUAUUGCCGGGAAUUGUUUUUAAAAAAAUUUACACCCCACCAAGGGGCUGUGUGAUGCACUGGAAAAUGGGCUUGGUUCCAGACUCAGACCUGUUAGGAUGGGAUGGACUACAGUGACAAUGGGGAGGGGGUGUGUGCCCUCUGAAUACAUCCCAGCGUGGCUUUUAUCUUGCAUUGCUGGCCUCAGCCACGCUAACAGGGAGAUGCAGAAAUGGGUUUUUCCCCCACCUGUCCCGAUAAUUUACACUAAGAUUCUUUUGAGGUUGCGGAACUAAAAACUCUUCUCCAAACCUGUCUUUUUUUUUUUUUUUUUUUUUUUCCCUUCUUGCCGCCCCUUCACUUCCCUCAAGACCUUGAUGUUACUGUCCCUGCAAGCAGGUCAUAUCACUUUUCAUAAAUGGGAAAGGCUGGUGUUUGCAAGGACACAGAACCAUUAAAAAAUCGAGCAAUUACUUUUAAACUCAACUGCAGCAGAACUAUGAUACAGCGAUAGUUACUUUGCCAGAAGUUCUGUUUGCAGUAAAAAUGCAUGGCUGGUUCCUUUUUUAAUAAUUUUUUAUUAUUGCCUAUUGUGAAAUUGAAGAUUACAGAUUUGAGGACGCUAUUGCAGUGCAGGCUGAGGAUUUUGUGUGAGGGGGGUUCCUAGGGUGGUGGUGGUGGUGGUGACAUCAUAGCUUUGUCAAAAGUAUUUGUUCUUUUUGUAUCCUAGGUUUUAACAUGCGCUAAGUAGUUUGUGUAAAUUGAUCCAUCUAACUACAUUAUUUCUAUCUGUGGGAUUGUUAAGCCAUAAUGAGAGAGAUCCAUGCAGUCCUCCCUCCCAUUGUUGUGAGUCUGUCUGUCACAGUUCUCAUUGCGAAUGACCCCCCUCUAAGCUAUUGUUGUAAUGACAAAAUGAAUAUUUACUCCUGGCCCCAUUGACAUAAAAUCUUUGUUUCGUUUUCUCAUGUUUUUUUCUUUCACCAUCUCGGUAAACGAUGGUGAAUGUGAGGACAGUAUCUUGUUUCAUUAUUGCUUAAGUUGAACAAAAUGCAUUACUGUGAAUUCUAAUUGACGGCUGUCAUCCAUGUUAUUGUCUGUACGCAUGUUUACAUUUCUCCAAAUUAAUUUGGUUAAAAAAAAUCUAAGAUGAUUAAAUGAGUUUACCAUCUGAGGCAAUAUUCCAGGCUUUGAGGAAGGGUGUGAGGCUUUUUCCUUAAUUUUUAAAUUUGUUGUACAGUUCUGUUAAGGAAGGAAAAAUGAGUUUUGCCACGAAACCUGAAACUGGAAAUGCUAGCCUAAGGUAUUGUUCUGUGCUGUGAGCUUUGUUUAGAAAAGGAAAAAACCCUACAGAGAUGUGCUACUGGAUUGUUCUUGGUGACUGCCUAAAGUAUUUACUGAAAGAACUGGACUAAAAUUAGCAACCCAACCGGUACAGGCGGCAUGUGCGUUCUUUGUUUCGGAUGUAGCCCUUUUAUUAGGGGGAGCGGAUCUGUGUACCUUCAGAUGUCAGUGUGCCAACAUUCUGACUUAGUCUUCCUCCACAUUCCCCAAAUGAGUGUUAGAAAGCAGGGUGUUUUUAUGUACAUGUCCAGUGGUGUAACAUUCCACAAAGUUCCAGUCUCUGGGUCUAUGCUGAAAUGUUUACUGAGCAUGUCCUGUGUAUUAUUAUUUUUUUUUUUUUGUUGUUUUCCCUGCACUCUGUUUUUAUUGUUGCAACCAUUAAGGUGUAAUUGUCAGGACCGUACAGAGAUCCUGUGUGGAAGUGCACUGGGAUGAAUGCAGAGGGGUCCCUGCUUGUUCAGAUUUGUUUCUGUCCAUCUGCUUUACUGUUUCAGGCCCAGUGAGUAUGGAUGGACUGGAUGGUAACAGGUCAAAACCAAGUGUGUGUGUGUGUGUGUGUGU